AUGAACCCGAGCCUUCCGUUUACAAAGGUUAGCAAACUUGGCCUCAACUUCCCGUCCAGAAAAAUCCAGAAAAAGACAAUUGUUCCGCUUUCAGCCAUUCCCGUCAAUUUCAACCAUCAAAGCAUCCGAGGACUGGAGAGUGGCAUAGCCAUCCGCCGCAUUAAACCUAGCACGCUCGGACAAAAGCGUGUGGCCAAUCCACAGAUUCUUCGCACACAUUUUCUUCAUGUCACUUCUGAGUCGGCUCAGUGUUCUACGACAUAUGUAAUGCCAAACCAUUCCUUCCAUGUCUUGCUGCUAGGACCAUCGCUGAAUAGAUAA